CAGACAUUGAUGGUGCUCUAGACAAUCGUAAAAUUUUGAAAUAUGAUCCGAAUGACCUGCAUGUUGCAGAUCCUUCUCUCUCUCUAGAAUGGCAAACAGUCCCGUCAAGUAUGCAAUGGUGGACGCCUUCACGGACGUUCCUUUCAAGGGGAACCCUGCUGUGGUCUGCGUCUUGGAAGAGGAGAGGGACGGGCAUUGGAUGCAGGAGGCGGCGAAGGAAUUCGGUAUCUGCGUCACUGCUUUCGUGCGGCCAGCCUCCAGGGAGUGCACCCCGCCGGAAAACGGCGAUGCCAUCUUUCACUUGAGGUGGUUUACUCCGGUCACGGAGCUCGGCAUCUGCGGCCAUGCAACGUUGGCAACUUCCCACCAUCUCUUCUCCUCCGGCAUCGUCGCUGGAACAAGGAUCAAAUUCCUCACCAACUCUGGUCCGAUCACGGCCGAUAAGAUCGAAGGGUCGCUCAGCGCGGCCGGAGUUACUUCCGCCGGUGGAGCGAAGGACGAGUUCUGCAUCGAGUUGGAUCUCCCGCGGUUCACCGUCCAUGACUGCGAUCCGGCGCCGUACAUGUCGUUGUUCUCCGAGACUCUAAAUGGAGUUCAAAUUAAGGGUACGAAGAAGGUUUCCUGUACCGAAGACCUCAUUGUUGAGAUUGAUUCAGGAGAUGCUGUGAGGGAGCUGCAACCGCGGAUGGAUGAACUGCGCAAGUGGCCGGGAAGGGCGGUUGUUGUGACGGCGAUCGCCUCCCCUGACUCUGGCUUUGAUUUUAUUUCCCGCUUUUUCGGCCCCAAGAUAGGCAUAGAUGAGGAUCACGUCUGCGCAAGCACACAUUGUGGUUUGGCGCCAUAUUGGAGUUCCAAGCUUGGAAAAUGCAAGUUCAUCGCCUACAUGGCAUCUAAAAGAGGAGGGCAGCUGGCUAUUCAAUUGAAAGAAGAAACUGGACGAGUCUUAAUCAGAGGCCAAGCUGUUACAACCAUGGUAGGAAGUCUCCUGGUUUAAGGGAAGCUGCGAUCGUCGGCACCUUCUUGUUCUUCACGCCCUUCGAUCGGAAGACUCACUGUGUUUGAUCGUCGCCGCUGCUGUUUCAGUUGGCCCCAAAAAGCAAGUGCGGCUAUGCUUUGAUCACAAUGUUGCUUCCUUAUAUACUUCGAUGUACGAUGCAGUCGCCUGAAGGGGGUCUGCUUAUUUCUUUGCGGCUUGGAGCUGAACUUCCAUGGCUGCUUGUCUCUUAUGCUGAAGAACACUGUAUAACUAAUGAGUUGCGGUUUAAGUCACAGUAUUUGGCUACCUUUUCUCUUUCUCACACAAUUUUCAAUUGCAACUCUGUAGAUCGAAC